UCCCACGCUAUAUAACGCGCGCGCGCCUCUCCCACACGCAUACAUUCCGUGUUGCAAGCGUAGCAUCCACUCCUGUGUCUCGCAAGUAGCUCCCUCAUCUCCACUUCUAUCAGUAUGGCCGCCAAGUACGUCUUCGUUGUCGCCGCUUGCUUCGCUUUGGCGCAAGCGGGCAUAGUGCGCCGCGACGCGUCCACGCCGCUGCAGGACCUGGAGAAGCACGCCGCCGAGUUCCAGAAGACGUUCAGUGAGCAGCUGAACGCGUUCACCAACUCGAAGGACACCAAGGAGUUCAACACCGCCCUCAAGGAAGGCUCCGACUCCGUGCUGCAGCAACUGAACGCUCUGGCCUCCAGUUUGCAGAAAGCGCUGAACGACGCGAACGGCAAGGCGAAGGAGGCGCUGGAGCAGACGCGCACGAACCUGGAGCGCACGGCGGAGGAGCUGCGGCGCGCGCACCCCGACGUCGAGCGGCAGGCCGGCGCGCUGCGCGACCGCCUGCAGGCCGCCGUGCAGACCACCGUGCAGGAGACCCAGAAGCUGGCUAAGACCGUGGGCGCCAACCUGGAGGAGACCAACAAGAAGCUGGCGCCGCAGAUCAAGUCCGCCUACGACGACUUCGUGAAGCAGGCCCAGGAGGUGCAGAAGAAGCUGCACGAGGCCGCCAGCAAGCAGUAAAACGCCCCUCCGCCCCCGCCCCUUUACAUUAUAAUAAACUAUAUCAAUAGAUAUAAAAUA